CCCAAGAAAGUGUGAGCUUAAGGAGUUACAAAGAUUACAACUUCCAAAUACGUAAGUUUCUUAGCCGUCUGUGAGAGGUCCGAAAGCAAUCAUGGUUCAGCCUCCUCUUCAUUUUGUUCUAUUUCCUUUCAUGGCUCCUGGUCAUAUGAUCCCAAUGGUCGAUAUAGCCAGGCUCAUGGCUCAACGAGGUGUGACCAUAACCAUCAUCACCACUCCUCUUAAUGCCAACCGUUUCAAGAAUGUCAUUAGCCGUUCCGUCCAAUCGGGCCUACCCAUCAGCCUAGUCGAGGUGAAGUUUCCACACCAAGAAGUGGGUUUGCCCGAAGGUCACGAGAAUAUUGACUUGCUGGAUUCAGAGGGGAACCUACUAGCGUUUUUCAAAGCGGCUAACUUUCUUGGAGAACCCGUCGAGAAGCUCAUGGAAGAGAUGAAUCCUCGGCCAAGCUGCAUAAUUGCGGAUAUGUGUUUGCCUUACACCAGCAACCUUGCCAAGAAGUUCAAGAUUCCUAAGAUCGUCUUCCAUGGUAUGUGUAGUUUUUCCCUCCUAUGCAUGCAUGUCGCGCGUGAAGCCGGGAUCUUCGACACAAUAGAGUCUGAAAAGGAGUAUGUCUCCAUUCCGGAUCUCCCCGACAGAGUCGAAUUUACAAAACCUCAAAUACCCUUACGCACAUAUGGCGUUGGUGACUGGACAGAGUUCAUGGAAAAAUUGGUAGAAGCGGAUAACAAGUCGUACGGCGUAAUCAUGAACACAUUCCAAGAACUCGAACCCGCUUACGUGAGAGAGUACAAGAAGGCAAGAGAAGGUAAAGUGUGGACAAUCGGGCCUGUUUCCUUAUGCAACAAGGUAGGGUUGGACAAAGUUGAAAGAGGAAACAAAGCAGCCAUUGAUCAAGACAAGUGUCUUAAAUGGCUUGAUUCUCGAGAACCGAGUUCCGUCCUCUACAUUUGCCUCGGCAGUCUCUGCAAUCUCCCAUUGGCUCAGCUCAAAGAGCUCGGGCUAGCCCUCGAAGAAUCAAACAGACCCUUCGUUUGGGUUAUAAGAGGUGGGAAGAAGUACAUUGAGUUACAAAAAUGGAUUUCAGAAAGCGGAUUCGAAGAAAGAAUCGGAGAAAGAGGACUUCUUGUCAAAGGAUGGGCACCCCAAAUGCUUAUCCUUUCACACUCGUCAGUUGGAGGGUUCUUGACACAUUGCGGAUGGAACUCAACUCUGGAAGGGAUCACUGUUGGGGUUCCAUUGCUUACAUGGCCCUUAUUCGCAGAACAGUUUUGCAACGAGAAAUUAGUCGUGCAGAUUCUUAAAACAGGUGUGAGAUCGGGGAUGGAAGUGUCCUUGAAAUGGAGCGAAGAAGAGCAAAUAGGAGUGUCGGUCGACAAAGAUAGGAUCAAAAGUGCAAUAGAUGAAUUAAUGGGUGAUAGUGUCGAAGCAAAAGAGAGAAGAAGAAGAGCCAAAGAGCUCGGAGAAUUAGCCAACAAAGCUGUGGGAGAAGGAGGCUCUUCCCAUUCUGACAUCACACUGCUCAUACAAGACAUCACGCAACAAGUGCAGUCCAAAAACUGAUGAUUUUGUGAAUUGUUUAAGAGGAAGCUUGAGAAGAUAGUUUUGCGCGCCGUGGUUUUAUGCUGUCGUAUGUAUUUUGUUGAACCUAUACGUUUGUACUGAUAUUUGACAAAGUGUAUUUUGAGUUUGUACUGAUUUUCUAGUUUUGAAUUUAGCAUUUGUAUUUGAAUAAAUUUUUUGAUAUAGUUUGUAUU